GUGACCAUGGCAUCCCGUGUGAUCGACGUGCCCACCUUCACCGAGUCAGACGACUCGGUUCUCUUAUCAGUACAAACGGAUGCUUAUUGGGAGAUAUAUGUGGAGUCGACUUGUGACACGCAGAGUUUGUCUUGCGCACAGGACAGGUGGAGUGCAGGAGUGACUGGACGUACCAGUCGCCUGUCGCCGCGAUGUGGGGCGGGCUGGCGAACGCGGCGACCGUCGCGCAGCUGACCGGCGUCGACGCCCUCGGGCUCAUCUCCAAGAUCCGGCAGGCGGCGCGGACGGCUCGCCAGAACAGAAGGGACUGCGAGCACCUGGCUCGCCGCGUCGACAUGCUCGCCGAGCUGCUCCCGAGCCUGAGGGACCCGGAGGCCGCGCGGCCGCUGGCCGGGCUGGGCGACACGCUCUCGGAGGCGCACGACCUCCUCGUGUCGUGCCAGGCGGGGGGCCGGGUGUACCAGUUCGUGACGGCCAGCCGGAAGGCCGAGAGGUUCAGGGACGUCGAGAGGAAGAUUGACUCCUACCUCCUGCUCUUCCCUGUCAUCAGCCAUAUCGGCAUAACCCGCCGCCUCGAUGGGAUCAGUAGCAGUGCUCCGCCGCUUGGGAGCAACACGAGCCGCAUGCCGGAGCCGGCAGCUGACGAGGAGUUCACGAUGGCAGAGAUCACGGUGGCCACGAACAACUUCGCCGUCGUGCUCGGCGACGGCGACUCCGGAACGGUGUACAAGGGCAAGCUCCACGACGGGCGUGACGUGGCCGUCAAGCGCCUCAGGCCCGGGCGGCGAGGCGCCGACGACGCCUUCGGCACGGAGCUCGCAAUCCUCUCGCCGCUCCGCCACGACCACAUAGUCCGCCUCCUAGGCCGGUGCGCCGAGGACGGGGAGCGCGUCGUGGUCACCCAGUACAUGAGCAACGGCUCGCUCCACGACCAUCUGCACGGGCGCAGGCCGCCGUCGCCGGUGACGGCGUCCUGGAAGACGCGCGUCCAGGUGCUGCUGGGCGCGGCGCGAGCCGUCGAGCACCUGCACCGCCACGCCGUGCCGCUCGUCAUCCACGGCAGCGUCACCUCGUCCCACAUCCUCCUAGGCGACACCUGGUCGCCCCGCCUGUCCGGCUUCGGCGCGUCGCUGUGGCGGGCCGCCGGCGUGGAGUCGCAACCCGUCGCGGUCGUCGCCGACGCGUACGGGUACGGCGACCCGGAGCUCUGCAGCACGGGCCGGAUAAAGCCGGCGAGCGACGUGUACAGCCUCGCCGUGGUGAUGCUCGAGGUGCUGACGGGGAAUCCCCCGGUGGUCACCGUUUGGGAGGAGGGAAGCAGGACCAUGGUGCCCAUGACCUUGGUGUCGUUCGCGCUGCCAAGCAUCCAGGCCGGGAGGCUGGUGGAUGUGCUCGACCGGCGCCCGGCGCCGGAGCCGAUGACCACGUGGCAGCUCGAGCCGCUGCAGCUGGUGGCGAACACGGCGGCGCGAUGUCUGUGGCUGCACGGGGAUAACCGCCCAACCAUAUCAGACGUCGUCGCCAACCUUGAGCAGGCGCUCGAGCUCAUAUGCAGACGUGUACACUUUUAAUUCUGCAGUAAAAUUGUCAUAUAGCCGUGGAUUGUGGUUUUAUAUGAGUACCUGUGUUUAUACACUAUUUCGCAACAAAAA